CCCGGAAGAGAGAAAGUUAGAGAAGAGGAAGAAACUUUUUAUGUUUAUGAAGUUUGUUAAACUCCUUCAUCGGAGGAGAACAAGGAAAGGGAGAACUACACAAACGGGCACAUUUUCUUGUGCUGUGCCGUGCCUAGAAAGAAGGAUACAGAAGCCGGACGUUUGACCUAACAAAAACAAUUUGACGGACGAUGACGGCUUUCCACGAACAUAUUCGUCUCGUUUUGACAGACGUUGAACGAUUUUGUAAUGAGGGUUUGAAUGGUGUAAAGCUGUCCAAGAAACUCACUCAAGACAAAGAGAAGAUAAUCAAAGGUCUCACCAGCCUGUUUGAAGAAUACCCCAACAUUAAACCACAAUCUGAAACCAAGACCAGAUCCAAGUCCAAGGAUGACAGAGAUGUUUCCAAUGGGUCUGUGAAAACUAAUGACAGUGGCCACAAUGAAGAAGAAGAAACCGCUGAAAAUUAUUCUGAGGUGGCCUUCAAAGAUUUGGAAAACCCGGACAAGUGUGGGUAUCUAGAGAAGAAGAGAAAGAAAGAGCUUCACGUUCCAGUCACUCUGUUUAAACAAAGUCAGAAGCGUUACUGCGCCAUACAAAAGAAUGUCUUCUACUACUACGAGAAACCAACCGACAAAAAACAGUGUGGUGCCUUUUCUCUUGUUGGAUACGAGUUUAAACCAGCGCCGGAUAAAGUGAAAGACGCUGCAAAAAAGAAUUUCUGUUUUGAGCUUUCCGCUCCUAAUAAGAGAUGUUACGAGUCUGAAUUGGUGUUUAUUGCCGAUUCCCAGGAAGAUUUUGAUUCCUGGAAGGAGGCUAUUGACAAAGCUACAAAUGCAUCCCAGGAUGAGAUAAUCGAGACUGAAGACAUAUACGAAGCUAUUGGAGAAGAUGCACCAGGACCCCCUGAUCUCCCCCCGCCUGUCUCAACCCGCAAAGUCCCGGCUAUUCCUCCACCACAGGCGCCGGCUAUAGAAGUGGAGGACGAAGCCCAACCUCCAGAAACAGAAGAAAUAUAUGCUGAUGCCGAAAGCGCCGACACUGAACUAGAACCGGCUCCAGACAUGCCACAAGUGCCUCCUCUAAGGAGGCCUUCGAAGCCGGACAUUGCCGUGCCAGGCUUACCGCCUCCUCGCGGCGCACCUUCGAAGCCGACCACUGCUCCACCGACCGUACCGCCUGCUCGGAAGUCUCCCCUUCCCAACAGAAAACCCGACAUGCCUCCGCCUCCCACUCCUAAUACACCUCUUCCUCCCCUCCCUUCGACCCCUCUUCCUCACACACACCCCUCCAUUCCUCUCCCAGCUGUGCCGGCACCCGUCAAGAAGAAGAUCAUAUGCCCCGCAGAGGAUUACGAGAACAUGUUCUACGGGAGGUGGGACUGUAAGGGAGGCGCCGACGACGCGCUGUCAUUCAAACGAGGCGACAUCAUCCACGUGAUUAACUUCGACUUUGACAAGGAUAACUGGUGGGUCGGGGAGCUCAUGGGAAAAUACGGUCUUGUGCCAAAGGAAUUUCUAACACGGGCCUACGAGGAAGUCACUGCUGCCUAAACAUAGAUGGUUUCUGAGGACAAUAAAUUAGAAAAACCAAACAAAAACAACGACGACAAAACAAGAUGGUUGCUGGUUCCGAAUCUUGUCUUCAGACUCAUCAGAAAGUCUCGUGAUAAAUUUCGGAGAUACAUUUUUAACUCGAACUUGUGGCAAAAAAAAAUGGACUAUUUGUUUAAUGACACCUAAGCGCAUGUUAAACUGACAUUUGUGGAGUUUAACAAAUUGUUAUGUCGACAGUUGACUUAACUUGAGUCACAAAAACAAGUUAACAUUUACUUCAAUGUAUUUGUCACACAAACGUCUCUAUAUACUUAUGAAUGUAUGUCAAACUGAAAGACAAAACCAUAAGCCUUAAAUGCAUGUGUAAUAUUCAUUUUGUGGUGUAGGAAAGAAAUCUUUGCUUCUCAUAUUCUGAACAGGAAAUUUUAAGCUAUGUAUCAGAACCAGGGCCCACAUAUUAUCACUUUUCAAAAUUAGGGGUGGGGGUGGGACGUAGUCCAGUGGUAAAGCAUUCGCUUGAUGCACGGUCGGUCUAGGAUCGAUCCCCGUCGGUGGACCCAUUCGGUUAUUUCUCGUUCCAGCCAGUGCUCCACAAUCUA